UUUGUACUUAUAUUUAAAAAUAAAUUUGUUCAUUAACUAUAUUAGGCAGGAUUUAAGAUUUGGGUUGAAUUUUAGAGGUUUCGCGGUCUAGUCGUUGGAGUUGAUUUUUGUGCAGUAGUCGGUCCUAAGUGGGCUAUGCUAUAUUGCUAAAUGCUAAUUAUUAAAAAAAAAAAAAAACUAAUGCAUUCGUUCCGUUAUUUUUGUGCUUCAUGAAUCUUGAACUUUUUAUUACUUACUUACCUAGAUCGUAAUUAUCUAAUGCUCCAGACUAAUACGUAGGUAUAGUAAAGAUAUUGGCAUCAUCUUUGGUGAACAAAAAAAGAUUGCCAGACAUAAGGAUGGCUGAUUCCUAUGGUUUACUAGAUUUAUCCAACGCCGAACGCUUGCUCGUUGAACAAAAGACUGAAGUUUUCCAAUCUCGUAAGAGGUAUAAAAUCAAGAAUGAACGGGGCCGUAUUGUGUACUACAUGGUCGAUGAACCAUCGGGUUGCUUGUCUGGCUCAAGUUCCAUGAAUAUAUUGAAUCUUAAUCAGCAAGAAGUUAUUUACUUGAGUCGUCAACGAAGCUGCGAAUCCGUCUCAUGUUUUCCAUUAUGUUGUGGUUCUUUUCAAAAAUUGGAAGUAAGAUCAUAUUGUGGUGAUUUACUCGGUAGAGUAGAUGAGAUCGUCGGUUGGUCUGCAGAAUCUUAUGAUGUCAAAGAUGGUAGUGGAAAUAUUGUAUUCAAGAUCAAAAAAGCUCCCGGAUCGUGUUGUAGAAAAAGCGUUGAAUUCAAAAUUUUAUCGCCGGACAAAUCGACUGAAAUUGGUCAAAUAAUAAAACGAUGGGGAAAUCUGAGGCAAGAAAAGUUCUCAAAGGUCGAUCACUUCGGUGUAUCGUUUCCGUUCGACUUGGAUGUUCAUAUAAAAGCUGUUUUGAUGGGUGCUUGUUUUAUGAUUCAUGAUUUCCAUUUCAAAGAAGGUAGACGUAGAUAGUACCUAUUACGAUGAUUCGAGUCCAUUUGACUAUAAGUUGACAAUAAUGAAUGAGAAACGAAAAAUGAAAAAUCCUCUGCUCGAUUGUUAAAUUCUCGACUCUGGUGUUUUUACUUAUUGCUAAGUUAUGUAUUUUAUUGAAUGAAUAACUUUUAUUCAGUGUUUAAUUUUGUAAGUUUUUUUUUUUUUUUUUUUUUUUUUUUAAAUGUUAGGUAAGUACCUACUUAUUGGCUACUUAUUUUUAUGAAGUCCAGCCGGUGUUUCAGAAUAAAUUUGAUAUCUUUUUACAUUU